GCGGCCUCUAGGGCCUCGGGAGGAGGAGAAGGGGGAGGAGGAGGAGGAGGCUAAGGCAAAAGAGGAAAGACACGGACCCGAAGCAACGGCGGGACGGGUAGCACCAUGAAUCCGUUGUGACGCGCGACUAGAGCGGUGUCGGGGAGGAAGGAGAGGAGUAAGCAGCGGAGUUCUUCGCCAUGAACCUGAGGGGCCUCUUCCAGGACUUUAACCCAAGUAAAUUCCUCAUCUAUGCUUGCCUGCUGCUGUUUUCCGUGCUGCUGGCCCUUCGGCUAGAUGGCAUUAUUCAGUGGAGUUACUGGGCUGUCUUUGCUCCAAUAUGGCUGUGGAAAUUAAUGGUCAUCGUUGGCGCCUCAGUUGGAACUGGAGUCUGGGCACGUAACCCCCAGUAUCGAGCAGAAGGAGAAACCUGUGUGGAGUUUAAAGCCAUGUUAAUUGCUGUGGGCAUCCACCUGCUCCUGUUGAUGUUUGAGGUUCUGGUCUGUGACAGGAUUGAGAGGGGAAGCCACUUUUGGCUUCUGGUCUUCAUGCCGCUGUUCUUUGUCUCCCCAGUAUCUGUUGCAGCCUGUGUGUGGGGAUUCCGACAUGACAGGUCACUUGAGUUAGAGAUCCUGUGCUCCGUCAACAUUCUUCAGUUUAUAUUCAUUGCCUUAAGACUGGACAAGAUCAUCCAUUGGCCCUGGCUAGUUGUUUGUGUUCCUCUGUGGAUUUUGAUGUCCUUCUUGUGCUUGGUUGUACUGUAUUACAUCGUUUGGUCCGUCUUGUUCUUACGCUCCAUGGAUGUGAUUGCCGAACAAAGGAGAACACAUAUAACGAUGGCCAUCAGCUGGAUGACAAUUGUUGUUCCACUACUUACGUUUGAGAUUCUGCUAGUUCACAAACUGGAUGGCCAUAAUGCAUUCUCAUGUGUGCCUAUAUUUGUUCCACUUUGGCUUUCCUUAAUAACUCUAAUGGCAACGACAUUUGGACAGAAAGGAGGCAAUCACUGGUGGUUCGGAAUUCGUAAAGAUUUCUGUCAGUUUCUGCUGGAAAUUUUCCCUUUUCUAAGAGAAUAUGGAAAUAUUUCGUAUGAUCUGCAUCAUGAAGACAGUGAGGAAACCGAAGAAACACCAGUCCCGGAACCUCCAAAAAUUGCUCCUAUGUUCCGAAAGAAGACUCGAGUAGUUAUUACACAGAGCCCUGGAAAAUAUGUCCUCCCACCUCCAAAAUUAAAUAUAGAUAUGCCAGAUUAAGUUGAAAUUCAAGGAAUUGGAUGGACAGUAUGUGUGGCAUAAAAGAUACACAAGACAAAUAUCUUCUACGUUACUUUGCCUACAUUCUAAACUGGAACUGGAAAUAGAGUCAAAUCUUUUCAUCUCAUGCUUUGAAUAAAUAUCACAGCCACUAGUGAACCAUCAGUAUGUAAUAUAUAGAUAUUGACAGUUAUUUUAAUAUAUGUCUGUGUGUGAGAAAGCUUUCAAGAUCGACACUUAAAAAGUUUCUAUCAGCAAGUUAAAUUGAUUUCAUAAGAUUGACCAAUGGGGUACUUGCCUAGCUAUUUUUUAAAUGCUACCAUGCCUUUCAAAAGUAGUACUAGUCUCAGUGGUGAAACAUAAUCUACAACCAGCGUAAAUAUUUCUCUAUUCCACUACUUGUUUCAAAGCAUCAUAUGCAUUAUUUUUAGUGUUGCUCCUGUUAAGAUUUUCUUUGGGCAUGCUCAUAGCCAUCUUUAAUGGUCUAACUGGUGAACCUUUCUAAUGGAGUGACUCCAUGCCUGUAUAGUAUUUAUAUGAACGUUUUAGCAAUGUGUAAUAUAUUCUAUUAAAAUUCUAGUUCUGUACAGUAUAAUUAUAUUAUGUUAAAGUAUUUUUAAAAGCCUAUAUAUGAAGACAUAUGUUCUAUUAUAGAAGAAGUCCUUUCAAGUCUUUUAAAAAUAUUAAUGUGUGUCUGUUGGGUAUGGGAACUUAUUAAAAAUAGUUGACUUGA